CCCAUGACACCGCAACGCACACCAUCAUCCAGCUUCCGAGUCGAUCGAUCUCACCGUUGGAGCUAGCAAUAGCAGCAGCUAACUGCUUCUUCAAUUCUUGCUCACAGCGUACAGCUCGAUCGAGCUCAAGCUUGUCGAUCUCAUCUGCGAUCUCUCAAUCCAUGGGCAGCAUUGACGCCAACCCCGCCGCCUUCGAGGCGUUCGCCGUCGACGGCUUCCAGCCGCUCAACGCCGACGACGUCCGCUCCUACCUCCACAAGUCCGUCGACUUCAUCUACGACUACUACAAGUCCGUGGAGUCCCUGCCCGUGCUCCCGGCCGUCGAGCCGGGGUACCUGCGCCGCCAGCUGCAGCCCGCGCCGCCCACCUCAUCGGCGCCCUUCGACGUCGUCAUGAAGGAGGUCCGCGAGGCCGUGGUCCCGGGGAUGACGCACUGGGCCAGCCCCAACUUCUUCGCCUUCUUCCCCUCCACCAACAGCGCAGCCGCCAUCGCCGGGGAGCUCAUCGCCUCCGCCAUGAACACCGUCGGCUUCACCUGGCAGGCCAACCCCGCCGCCACCGAGAUGGAGGUGCUCGCGCUCGACUGGCUCGCGCAGCUCCUGCGCCUGCCGGCGAGCUUCAUGAACCGCAGCACCGGCGGCGCCGCCCGCGGCACCGGGGGCGGCGUCAUCCUCGGCACCACCAGCGAGGCCAUGCUCGUCACGCUCGUCUCGGCGCGCGACGCCGCCCUGCGCCGCGUCGGCUCCGACGGCGUCGCCGGGAUCACCAGGCUCACCGUGUACGCCGCCGACCAGACGCACUCCACCUUCUUCAAGGCCUGCCGCCUCGCCGGCUUCGACCCGGCCAACAUCAAGUCCAUCCCGACCGGGGCAGACACCGACUACGCCCUCGAUCCGACGAAGCUGCUCGAGAUCAUGCAGGCCGACGUCGACGCCGGCCUCGUGCCGACCUACAUCUGCGCCACGGUCGGCACUACCUCCUCCAACGCCGUCGACCCAGUGGGCGCCAUUGCCGACGUCGCCGCCCGGUUCAGUGCGUGGGUGCACAUCGACGCCGCCUACGCCGGCAGCGCGUGCAUCUGUCCGGAGUUCCGGCACCACCUCGCCGGCGUCGAGCGCGUCGACUCCAUCAGCAUGAGCCCUCACAAGUGGCUCAUGACGUGCCUCGACUGCACCUGCCUCUGGGUGCGCGACACGCACCGGCUCACCGGCUCGCUGGAGACGAACCCGGAGUACCUCAAGAACGACGCCAGCGAGUCCGGCACCGUCACCGACCUCAAGGACAUGCAGGUCGGCGUCGGCCGCCGCUUCCGGGGCCUCAAGCUCUGGAUGGUCAUGCGCACCUACGGCGCCGCCAAGCUCCAGGAGCACAUCCGGAGCGACGUCGCCAUGGCCAAGAUGUUCGAGGACGCCGUGCGCGCCGACGACCGGUUCGAGGUCGUGGUGCCGAGGAACUUCGCGCUUGUCUGCUUCAGGAUCAAGCCCCAGGGCGCCAUGACGGAGGAGGACGCCGACGCGGCCAACCGCGAGCUCAUGGAGCGCCUUAACAGGACCGGGAAGGCGUACCUGGCGCACACGGCGAUCGGCGGCAAGUUUGUGCUGCGGUUCGCGGUGGGGUCGUCGCUGCAGGAGGAGAGGCACGUCCGGAGCGCGUGGGAGCUCAUCAAGAAGACGACCGCCGAGAUCAUCAACAAGGGAGAGGUCGAUAGUCGAUACUGAGUAGAACAUAUAUAUACAAGUCUUUUGUAUUGGUGAUGAUAUUUGAUUCAUUGCUGUUUUCCCGAUACGAGAUUUUUGUCAAAUAAAGCCGUUUGUGCAUUGUUCUCAGAGUUGUGUACAUCCGAUCCAUCCUCUUUUGCACAUGGAAAAAUGGAUUCAUGAUUCCUUGAGAAAACCUAGGACGGCAGUUGUUGUUCUGCGCCAGCGCGCCUGUUUGGUGGCCUUGCCAACACAAAAUGUUGGAUUAAUUACUUUUGUUGUUGCUAUUAUAUUAUUAUGUCGAAAGGUGGCAUAUAUCGAAUAAAGCCUUUCGGGACUCAUGUAUUCUAGGAGAUGUAGGGUAUGAACAAUUGAAUAUGAUGUACGGGUUUCAAAUAUAUACCGAGUUAGUUUUUCUCUCUCUUCA